GGGUGCGCGGGGCGGCGUGGGUGGUGUGGGGCGGGAGAGGGAGCGGUGGGGUCGGGCGUGCCGCACAGUCACCGCGCAGCCCCCCGGUGCUCGUGUCCCCGUCCCCUGUGAGGGUUGCCGGCGCACCCCUGGCCGGCCCUGCGCUGCCGCCGCUGCUCCCCCGCGGGAUGCGGGCUCGGCCCGCCCCGCCAGCCCUGCCCCCCGCGCCGGCCGCAGCAUGAGCGCGGCGAGCGAUACGUACCUCCUCAUAAAAGACAUAAAACCCGGACUGAAAAACUUAAAUGUCAUCUUUAUUGUGCUGGAGAUCGGGCGAGUCACCAAGACGAAGGACGGUCACGAGGUGAGGUCCUGCAAAGUGGCGGACAAGACGGGCAGCAUCACCAUCUCCGUGUGGGACGAGAUCGGCGGCCUCAUCCAGCCGGGGGACAUCAUCCGCCUGACCAAAGGGUAUGCAUCUCUGUGGAAAGGAUGCCUGACACUUUACACAGGACGAGGAGGCGAGCUGCAUAAAAUUGGGGAGUUCUGCAUGGUAUACUCAGAAGUGCCAAACUUCAGUGAGCCCAACUCGGAACACGUCGGGCAGAACAAACUGGGUGAACAGAAUAAUAGUUCUGCAUCAAGUAAUAUGGGUUCUUGUACUUUCGGGCCACUGGGAAAUGGUUUACAAACUGGACCUGAAUCAAGUGGAUUUCCAUUUACAUAUAAUCAUGGCCACACUUAUGCAGGUAGUGGGAGAGGCAAUGGACGAGGACCUGUAAAUCCAGCACCAGCUAAUAGCGUUCAGCCUUUUCUCCCUGCUGUCAGUAAUGGGAGGGACCCACGCAGAGCCUUUAAAAGAUGACUAUGCCAAAUGUGGUUGUACAGCUUGCUUAAACUCUACACUCUACUUGAACACUUAUUGCACUUUUAUUUAUAGUUUAUAGUUAACUGUGAACCAGUUUGUCCUUUGUUGUUGUUUUUUUACCUUUUGGUCUAUGGAGCAAACUUGAUGUGAUCUAUUUCUUGUUUUGCUUAGGGAAGCACAGUGAGUCUUCCCCAUACAUUAAGGGGUAGGGGGAGGAGGUGGAUCUAAGAAAGUAAGGGUAACGGGUUGAAGAAUCUUAAUUAAACUCGGUACCCUUUGCAAAAUGGAAGAAAAUUUCAGUUACAUGUAUGUAUUUUUCUGUUUCUGUUGGUCAGCCAUAUAGCCUUAAAAGGUCUAUUAUGUCCUGUGCGUGCAUAUGUUGACUUCCAUUAGGGUUAAUGGGAGUUCUUCAUAUUGAAAGAGAAAUGAAGGGGAAGAGCAAAGAUGCUCUAGUGAACUAGGUGUCCUUGGAAUGAAUAUAGCUUGUAAAAGCAAUAAGUAUAAGGAAAUGGUGGUGCCAGCACCUAGUGGUGUCUCCUGAAUCAGAGAAUGGAUAACUCGGAUGAAAAUUGAAGACACGGUGAGUGUCUUGAAGCUUGACUUCUGAUUCAAAAAAGGUGUAUGCUACUUAAAAAUUCUCCAUAAACACAGUUAUCACUGUCACGGAAGGUGACACUGAUUUUUUGCUUUGGUUAGAAGCUUGGAUAUUCAUUCUUGCUUUGCGUGAAAUAGGAGAGGAGGAUCUAAAUUCAGACAGUAUCGGGGAAUAUGCUGUUUGUAGCCACUCCUUGUGUAAAAGCCCAAGGUUACUUUGCAGGAGUCUGAAUUUCCAGGAAAGAACUGUUUUCAAAUGCUGCAUUACCCAUCUCUUCAAUGAGGCUGCCUGCUUCUCCUUCCUUCAUUCACUUUUCCAAAUGAAUUAUGUAUUACAUGAAGCUGUAUGUGUGGAUUACAGAGGUACUGGCCAAGCACACAGCUGCUCUUCUGAUGCUGUUAAGCUGCUAAGCUUUCCUUCCUCUGUUUUAUAUGAAAUACAAAUUAUCCCUUAAAGAACUUAACCCCGCAACCACCAUCUGGGGGAAAAUAGCUGUGGUUUUAUUUCUGAGAUCACAAAUGCCUUGACUCUAGAUAGAAGUCCAGUGCCAUAUUUCAGAUCAGGUUCAAAAACAACGUGGAAGCUGAGGUGUCAUACUGGAUUCAUCUGUUUAACUCUUCUUAUAGCUGACCUCUCAAAUAAAAGAUUGCACUAACCAUUUAAAAAACAGAUCUAACUUUCUUUCUGUCAAGCCAUAAAGACUUCAUGACAAAAGGCUAUUUCUGAAUUGUGAGUUGUCUCUGUGGUUGUUCAUGUUAACUGAAUCUACUGCUAUGUCACUAAUGUUUACAAGUUAUUUACAUUUGAUACUUCUGCUUUUGGUACUCCAUCGUGAUGAUUUGUUGAAAAUUGCUUCUAAUUGGCAAAAGUUCCUUGCUUAGUCUGAAAUACUGAACUCUCUUUUAAAUGGAAGCAGCAGCAACAACAAACUUCUGAAGGGAGGUUUAGAGACCUGUGUGCCUGGAUACCUGAUGGCUCUUUGCCUCUGGUCUGGUAAAAUGCUACCCUGAUAACCUGCUUCCAGGUGGAACUAGCAAAACUUGUCUUCGACACAAGAGAGUGGCAUGCCUCAUGAGAUCACCCACUGGUGCUGUUAUGGAAGAACAGUGCUAAUUGGUGAACCAGGAAGCACGCAAUGACUUCUGGAGAAAUGGUGUAAGGAGGUGAUGUGUAACUCAGGGACUUUAAAUUGCUUACUUAUUUAAAUAAGUCAUGUAUAGUCUAGAUGCAUGGACAACCGCUUAUGCAGUGUUGCGUUAAGAUAUCUGAUAUGCUUGUGAGAAGGAAGCCAAGAGGACUUCUAAACCUCUGAAGUGUAAAUGACAUGUUCCAGAGGUAAAUGAGAUGUAAGUAUGGUGAGAGCUGUGCUUUCCAGUAGUAGCUGUAAAGGUAGCAAGUGAACAGUGCAAGUGAUGGUGGCAUGGUGGGGACUUCAUACUCAUUGGGGUAUUUCCACCAUGGAUCUCAAAUCCUGGUGGUCUUCACUACAGCAUGAAGAAAGUUGAAAUGGGGGGGAACUGUGUGUUAGUGUGUGCUGAGGUGCCUGAUGUUCAUAGCUCUAUGCAUUUGAGCUUUUAUUAAGCUAAUAAACAGAAUACUUGUUCACAAAUUCCAAAUAAAAAGUGAGAUGAUUACUGCUGAUAUGUGGCAUAAAGAUUAAAAUCUUGCUGUCAAGUGGAUGACUGAUUUGCAGUUGGGAGGAAAAAAACAAGAGGCUGGUCUUCAUGUUCUCAAGGUUAGUAGCAUUCCUGCCUCCCUGUUUCUAAAUGUGAAACUAUUUUGGUUUAUUAAUAAAUUUUUACUUCUUUGCAGGGGAAAUCUGUGCCCUGAAAAGUCGCAUGGACUUAAAGUAAAUAUAAUCAUAGUAAUUUUUCAAGGUCUUCUGAUCUUCAGUGAACCUAAGACAAAGGUGCUUCCCUCAGAGGUAUCAGUGUCAAGAUAGUGAGUUCUCAGCUUGCAGAGGAAUCUGGGAGCCUGCCUUACAUCUCUUUGGAUCAUACCACCUCGGUGUACGGAGAGACAGAGAGAUACACCUUUCUCUGUGUAAACAAGCAGUUGUCAUGAAUUACUCUAUAAGGCAAUUCAUAGGUGCCCAGUGGUUAGGUCGUUAGGUAGUCUCUCUACAGAUGCCUUCCCAAGAUAUUAAAGGCAAGGCUAUAGUUAGGGUAGUCUCAUUCUAGAUAAUACAGAUUGCCAAAGGAAAAAACUCUGGAAGGUGUUCAUGUGUCCAGACACAAACUUCACAGUGCUGAAGUGCAGCUGAGUAGUCCUGACACACUUCAGUCACAAGACGCCCAGCUCUCAUCAUCCCACAACAGCUCAUCUCCUCUCGCCCACCCCAACAAAAGGACUGAUGGCAGACUGCAGCAGUGUGGCAGUGGAGAGAGUUUUGCUGUUAUGUCUGGUGCAGUCCUCUGUGUGUUCCUUCUGUCCAUCCUCAGCAUGAAUCUUUUUGCCUUAAUCCCUCCCAGAAGUGGAAAAGCAGUCCUGUAAUGUGAAAUACCGUCCUAACCUUGGGUGCGUGGUGGAGUCACACACUCCAUCUCCACAGUGAAAAUGGGAAGGUGCUGUAAGAACAAAUAGAAAUGUUGCACCAAGGCAUGUGAUACAUACUCUGCCUUCACAACUCCUUUAAUUAGCUUUGGCCUUAACUUCAAACUGGCAGGUUGCAGUCCUGUGCAUUCCAAUAAUGCUGCUCUUCAGCAUCAUACAAAUUCCAGUAAGGGUAUCUGCAGCUAGUGCUGCUUGUGCAAAGCUGCUACAGGCAGUAUGAAACAUCUUCUCUACACGAGUGCAGUCUGCACAGAUGACACCCGUAGCACCACUGCAGAGGUGUCAGCCAUGUUCUGUUAGUGUGUGUGUUUCUCUGGGCAUGGGAGCGUUUAGUAGACAGACGCAGUUUCCUGUAGCCCAUUGCAGCCUUGUGUUUUUCAUAGAUGUUAUUGCUUGUGUUUUGCUAAUGACCUGGCUGUGCUAUGGUUACCCUCUGCAACUUGUGUCCAUACCCCCAAAGCAAAGGAUCCUUUCCUGUUCUAUAAGGCAGUUUUCAUCAGCAGCUCCCCAAGUGCUUUGUUAGGACUAGGAAUUGGUAAAAGCAAUGGGGUUUUGAGCGUUUCUGGGCAAGUUUCCUGAGCUGCUUCAUGGCCCACGCAUUCCCAGCCACCAGGUGGUUGCCCUGCUUCUCUCAGAUGUCUGUAGAUUUGCCCUUUCAGACAUACUCUUUAUUCUUAACCCUCGAGCCAAGCAAUUAUUUGUACCGCCGAGCGCGGUCUCUGGCAGUGCUUUCGAGGGGGAUCCGAGGAGGUGCCUUGCUUUCUCUCUGCAGCUCUUGCUGGCGGCUAGCUCUUGAGCAAGAGCCGGUUGAUUUUGGGAGCUUCCCCUUAGUCCAGCCUCAGCGCGUGUUACGGGGGAGGUUGCAGGGCCGUGGCUCCCUGUCCUGGGUCUGAUGAGGCCCUGUUAAUGACUGCGGUAGGAACGCAGUGUCCGAGCCAGGCGCUCGCCCGCCGUGCGAUGCUGCGGGGUGAGCCUGGCCCUCGCUGCCGGGGAACGCGGGGAUCCCAGGGGACCCCUGGCCAGCCGGGGCUGGGUGCCCCGCUUGGGGUGGCCUGGAGCACCCCUCCCAGGGUGGGUUCUCCAGCAACCCCGGCCCCUCGGCGCUGCAGGUGGAGCGAGGGGCAUGGUGGUGCUGUCUCAGGCUGGUCCGGGGCUGCGCGUGGGAGCUGGAGGUAAUGGAGCUGCCGGUAAUGCUCCGUGUCCCCAGAGCCUGUCCUGUUUUGUGGCGGGGCGGGGGGGGAGAUGUUUGCUUAGGAUCGUGGAAACACGCAGACCUUCCAGGGCUGUGUGCCUGGCUGAUUUAACAGCCUCUUUGCUGGCAUGCUUUUGUUUGCUGCUGCAUAAUUAGGGAGAUUGGAGCUGGCUGAAGGAGGGAACCACUCAUGGGGAUGUGGCUUCAAUUAAAACAACAAAAAAGCGCCGCUGUCUUCCCACUGGAAGACACGUACCAAACCAGGGGCAAUUGCCUGAAAACUGAGAUUGAAGUUUUCAGCAAAGCCCUUCAGGAAUUAAGUUGGAGAUGUGCUUUCUGACUUCAGCCUUAAUCAUGCUACUAAUUCCUUUAUUCUUGAUUCCAGACAAUUUGAAAUUGUUAUGGCUCUUUAUAAGGCUUAUGCUUUUUAAUUUAUUCUGUGAUGGACGUUCGCGCGCGCGUGUGUGUGUAUAUAAUAUGUAUAAACACACACAGUAUCUUGUAAUUGGGAUGGAAAAAAUUAAUCCUACACAAGCUGUUGACUAAACUACACAGGAUGGAGUUCAAAGGGAUUAGAAAAAAAGUUUGGAAGUGACUAAGGGGAACACUUAAGGACUUCAUUUAGCUUUUAAAUUUCUCUAAAUUGCUGAUGUUUCUUCUCAGGAGGAGAGCAAUGCAGUUCUAAAAGCUUCAUCUAAAACUGCCCUCCCACACCCCCAGCUGAUAAAGACUGUCCGGAUUUGUACAUUUCCUAGGGAGCAAGAUUAGGGAAGGAGUAAAACAUCAGGAUUUAGCUCAGAAAACAAAAUUCUUGUACUGUAAAUGUACCUUCAGAGCUAAAUGCUUCCUUACUAUACAGGUUUAAAUGGGAUGGUAUCUGCUCUGCAGUGUGGAGAACCCGAAGCAGUGCAGUCACUGCCAGGCUGACUAGCUGCUGCAUGUUAGAUAAAUUGGCAUAUAAAAGACACAAUCGGCUUACUACGUGAUUAACUGAGACUCCACGGGAGUGUAGUUGUAUGUUGUAGUGUAUCAGCAGAGCCCUCUACCAAGCUUUCUUCAGGUUCAUGGCCAGAGGGUGAAAUAGUCUCACAAAGUACUGGAUGACGAUUUGGGAAAUUUGGAAGCAUGCUUGCCCAGCUCUGCCGUAUGCCCUGUGGGGAUGGCCGGGAGAUCCCGCCGACUUCAAGCAUGAUUUGGAUCGGGUCCUGUGCAGGCAGUAGGUUCUUAUUUGUAAAACCAGGAUAAGGUGGUAGGGCAGAUCUAUCAGAUGAUAAAUUCAUAAUUUAUGAAGAAGCUGAAUGCUGUGGAAAAGCUGAAAGCCACAGCCAACGUGUAGAUUUUUCUUUCUAAAUCAAGAGACGUUUAAGAAUACAUAUUCCUAAGCUUGGAAUCUUUCUAGUUAGGUGUUUGGGUUUGCUCUUUUUCCAGAGGUGCCAAGUGCUGCAGUACUGUGCCCAAAAUUGCAAGCAACCCACCAGUCGCGGAGAGCUCGCCAGUGCGACCAGGAGAGGCUGCCGCUUUCCCGGGACCUGCCUGCUGAUGCUGCUUCGAGGAGCGCUUCUGUGCUCGGGCUCUCGCAGUGCCGGUUCCCGGCACGGGGUCUGUGGGUACCUGUGUGGCCCCAAAACAAGCAGGGCGAGGCCAUCCCUUCCACCCCAGUGUCAGCUACUGGUGCCUCUGAACGCGUGGGUGGAAAGCUGUGGCUCCGGACAUGGCAAUGCCGGCUGCCUGCCUGGCACAGCGGUCCCGUGGCGUAAAAACUGCUUGUGCAGGACCUGCCGGUGAAGCUUGCUUUUAUUUUUUGCUGAAGAAAAGGAAAAACCACAUCCUGCUAGGUGGGAUGUGCAGCUAUUGGCAACUGAUCUGUUAGAGCUGGUGCUUCUGCUUCGGUUGGGUCCUGCCGUGCAUUCCCACCAGGGCAGGGGCAGGGGGAUACCCCAAAUCAGGAUAGCUGGGGGAAGCCGGGGCAAGGUCUGUAGCAGAAGGGCUGGUGGGGCCCUGGAGGGCUCUGGCUGAUGGCUUCUGGUGCCUGUGUCGUGGGCAAAUUUUUAAAAUGGUUGGACAAAUACCAGUCAGGAGUGGCUUGGGGAGGGGGGGAGUUGAUUCUGGUGGGGGACAAGCAUGAAGAUGCAUUAAACGAUCUCCUGUAGCCGUUUCCACCGUUAUUUCUUAUGAUUUAUGCAUUAGCUUAAUUUUUGUAAUUUCCUCCUUCCUAGGUUGAUUAAUACUAAAUUUAAUUUUCUGUAAUCAACUUGAGCAUGUAACUCGGAGAGAUGAGGUUUAGGCUGAUUGCGGUAAAAAUCUACCUAUCCAGCCUAGCUUGAAUAAAGCAAAACUAUUUUUAUCUCUAAAUUAUGCAAUAUUUUCAUGGAGCUCUGCAGCCUACUUAUAUUUAACCUUUGAAUGGAGUGCUCUAUUUUUUCAGAUCACCUAAUGCAAACUUUGCAAAUGGGUUUUUUAAUUAUGAGAAACCCACCUGCAUGCCAUCAACCAAAUUAUUAGCGAGGCAGAGAAGGAUAACCAAUAGUGCUGUCAGACUUAAGCUGAAUAUGAAAAAUGUUUAAAUGCCAAGAACAGAAGUUGCCAAGAAAUAACUUUAAACACCAGGUGCUGGAGGAACAAAUUAAUAUGACUUAUUUUAUUUUUAGAAAUAGGGAGUCGAGGCCUGAUGCAGAUAGACAUUUCUAUGUGCAGUAGCAGUGCUUGGCUAUGCAAUAGGACUGACAAAAUCAAAACAACCUUCUCUUAAAAGAAAAAGAUCUAAUUUAGUUUAAAAAAAGCCGUAGAUAGGGAGAGAAAGAGAACUUGAUCUACUCUCUACUCUUUGUAAGACUCUGGUGAGCUGUUGUUGUGCUGUUGCUUAUCAGAGCUGUCUGUGAUGUGGUUUGGGAUGACCUUGAAGCAAGAAACCCCUGUGCAAAAGCCAGUCUUGAAAGCCUUUCCCCGGUACGCGCAAUCUAGUUUCAUUUUGGCUGUGCUUUACUGAUGGCAGGGCCCAUUGCUAGAGACAGUGAGUCUAAAUGUUGAGCUGAGCUUAUUUUCCCCAGUAGUGCAGGGAAUCAGAGGUAAUUUCUAGAGGAAGCGGGACCCAAAACAUCAGUAAGUCAGUAUCAUGAAGCCAAUAAGAAGGAUGUGUCAACUCGGGGAAAAUUGCUGCAAUAAGCUUCCUGUAGCUUUUUUAGCAAAGUGGAUUUGCAGAAGCUUUCUGUGCAACUUCAUCAGUGUUGUAGCUGAAGGCGUGAGUUACAAAAAUCUGGGUCUUUCUAGUAGAUGCAAAUGGCUGGAAGCCACAUUGGAAAGAGAGGUGCAUUGAUAAUGGUUGUUCUGUUCGAAGUCCAGUGAUUGUCAAAAAAAACCUGGUAGUAGAUCUGUAAUUGCCUUGUGUUUUUUGGACUGCUUCAGCAGUCUAUUUUCACUGGGCUAAUUUUGAUUUUUUUUUUUGGGUGGUAUGAGCAGAUAGCUCCUACUAUGGCCAUGGCUGCUUUGCUGUCCAAAGCUGGUGAGUUGUAGUUGUUAUCACAGGCUAGUUCUUCAGUCCAGGCAUUGAGGUGGCCCCUUAGGAAUUAACUUAAGGGAUUCAGGUGAUGUGUGCAGCAAUUUGGGUGAUGUGCGUAGCCUGUGAUCAGAAGUGACAGCCUGUCAGAGGGCCCUGGCUGUCAGCAGGGUGCUCUGACGGUGGCGUGCGGGAGGAGGUCUCCCUGGGACUGUAUUUUUAGGUUCUGCAGGUGUUUCCUCUUCCUCCAAAAAUGUUUCGUUCACUCCGGCCCAGGAUGUGUGGACUUUGGGUUUGUUUUUUUUCUUGUUUCAGGUAAAUUUGAAAGUUCCCUGCUGUGCAGCUCCGUGUUUUCUCAGACCGCCCUCUCUUUCACCUGUCCUGAGAAAGUCUUCGCAAGCAGCCGCGGAGGGGGUUCACCUGCUGUCCUGCCGACCCUUCCCCUUGCCCGUUGUUCACCUUGCUGUGUGAUUACUUGCACUGCUGCUUAUGCUUAUGCCAAUACUCAACUUCUUUAAUAUAAUUCUGAUUUGUCUCUAA